UUAAAAUGUGACGUAGUUUCGGUAUAUUUCUGAGGCAGCGCUUGUGAACCUGCACUUUUCUAUAAAUUCUCUCCUCAAAUUGAACGUAAAUAACUGCGCUAGUCGGCGAAAACACGCGGGUGAUUGUACCAAUUAUUAAGAUAUUCGAAAGCACCUGCGAGACACUCGCGAGUUCCAGCAAAUCGCCAGAACAACAGCAGCAGAAGCAGCGCGCCAGCGCCGCAGCAGCAACAAGCGUAGGCAAAAAGCAAACAAUUGGAUAAGCGCUCGCUCUGGCAGCAGCGGCAGAAGUAGAGAGAGAGAGAGGGGAACGCUGCUUAAGGCUGAUAGAAACUCUUUAAGCGUUUAAACCUUGGCUAAAAGUUCAACAGUAUUACGUACAAAUAUUGUUCUUGUUGUGGCUGGCUGCUGUUGACGUGGGGGCAGAGCAGCACCAGUUGCAGCGCGAGCAGCAGCAGCAGCGUGUGAUCGAGAUUCUCGUCGGUUGUGGUUGUCGUUUUCGUCGCCGGUGAAAUGGUGUCGACUGUCGUUGCCCUCGUCGUAGCCGUCGCUGUCGCCGUCACCGUCACCGUCUCCGUCACUGGCUCUGCCACUGCCUCUGUCUACGUUUCUGGUGCAGAGACCACCGCAGUGACCAUGAAGCGAAAAAUGCUGUUCUGAAUUCUGUAAAUGUUGAAUAAAGUGAGAAAUUCAAUUGCACAAAUGCACAAAUCAGCAUGAAAAGAACAGAAAAGUGCAAUAAUAAAUCAAUUAAGUUUUUAUACGCGUAAUUAAAAGAAAUGAAAGCCCAAAACAGCUGAGAAUACCAAUCCAAUCAUAUUCCAUUUGUGCCCUUUAAAGCUUCAAAAGCAACAACAAAGAAUGUGAGAAAAAGGUGCGAAAGAGCCGAAGAGAGUGUGAAAAGAAAGUCAAGAAAAGUGCCUGCACCCAAAUGUGCUCUCAGUUAAGUUAAAUCCCCAUUGAGUCUUCCUGCCCUGCUGUGCCCCUCUGCUAAGCGCCAAAUGGUUCAACGGAUUUAAUUCCCCCAAAGCCCGUCUCCCACGUGGUUCACCCAGAUGUUAACUCUCCUUGGGCUUCCUCAGUGAGCACACACACACACAUGCCUGGGAUUAGCAGCGGAUAGCGACUGGAAUAACCCAAACAAAACCCCAAAUUACAGCUGAAAAUAUUAUGGAAAAAGCGAAAGCAUAUAUCAAAAAUGAACUUCGUGGUGGCAUCCAGCCACAGCAGCAGCAGCAGCAGUCCCUUCAAUCCGAGCCAGCAACCACGCCCACACCACCAUCAGGACGAGGACCCUCUCCGGCCUCGUCCAAGCAGCAGCAGCAGCUGUAUCCACACUGCGAGCUGAUGCCCUCCCCAGGAGCAGCAGCAGCAGCGGCGCACCGAGCAAGGACACCCAGCGACCUUUACCACCAGCAUGCCUUGUCGCUGGGCUAUGCGCAGCAGCAGCAGCAGCAGCAGCACUACUAUCCGGCCCAUACGGGGGUCAAGUCCACAGGCCGGGCAUCGGCGCCACCCGAUCACCACAUGGCCAUUUCCGUGUGCUUUGUGUGUGGCGGCCAGGGGGGCUACGAGAUGCAGGCCCUACGCGUGCGUCAGAGCCCGGAGAGGCCGAACGAGUCGUUUUUCCCGUUUCUGGAGCGGCACGAGCCGCCCCACGGGAUGGCCAGUGUGACGUCCAGCCAGGAGUAUGUGUGGGCCUGCCUGCUCUGCUUCCGGUCCCUCAACGAGCAGUGGGACGCGUACGAGCGCCAGAAGAAGCCCCUGCUGCAGCGCAUCUAUCACAUGAAGCGGCUGGACGGCAAGGGCUACAUUGGGGCGGAUGUGGCCACCCAAAGCGAGUACGCGGCCCAGGUGCUGGGCCUCAGUGCGGAGCAUCUCGGCCAGAACGGGCUGGCGGAACUGCAUGGCAUGGAUCCCUACGCUCUGGCCCGCCACUAUUCCCCCCACCAGCCACCGGGGACGCCCGCGACGACGCCUCAUCACCUUAGUACCUCACGGAAUGCCUCACCCUCGCCCAUAUACGGCGGUGCGGGGUGUGCGGGUGACUAUUAUCCACGGACUGCCACCACGCCCACAAGCAACCACAACAGCAACAACAACAACAACAAAUACCUGAGUCGGCCGCAGUCGCGGGACAUGCCAGUGGCCUCGCCCUCCUCGCGACCGCCCAGCGAACCGCCGGCCCCAAAGAGCAGCAGCGGUGGCUUCUCUCAGCACAAAUUCAAGCCGGGCACCGCUCCCGGAGCCGCUGCAUCUCCGUAUCCGGGCCAGGCGACGAGCUACCAUCCCGCCCAGUACCAGCAGCUGCAGCAGCAGACGGCGGCCUACCACCUGCUGCAACAGGCGGCAGCGGGCGGAGGAGGCGGUCCUGAGCACCCGCAGGCCCACUACAAGGGCAAUCCCUACAGUGCGAUGCCCUCGCCAGGCAGCGCCCACCUGGGGCCGCCCCCGACAGCCGGCCUGGAGGACGACAACGCCACGGUGCUGGACCUGCGCAACGUGAGCGCCAGCGUGAGUGCCUCGACAGCGCCGCGACAGAGCGCCGCCUCGGCCGCAACGACCAGUCAACCGCCAGCGGAAGUGGGCAUACUGGACCUCUCCAUGCCCGACAAGAACUCCAUCACGGAGGUGUGCUACGUGUGCGGGGACGAGCAGCGUCGCGGCAGCCUCCUCGAGCUGAGCACGGUGAAGUCCAAGGAGUCGCGUCUCGGCCAGUCCGUGGCCUACUUUCCGCUCUUCAACGAGCAGCAUCCGCGCCCCGCCCGCUCGCGGCCCAAGGAUCCGCGGGGCAUGAUCCAGGCCUGUCUUCCCUGCCACGAAGACCUCAUGCAGCAGUGGAACGCCCAGCAGGCCUCGCACAAACCGGAAUCGGAGCGUUCCUAUAUGUUGCGCAAACGUCCGACCCCAACAGCGGCAGAGAGAACCACCUUUGUGUGCUAUACCUGCGGCACGGACACGCCCUCGUCACAGCUGCGGCUCGUCUACUGCUGCCCCAAUGCCGAGCGGGAGCCCUACUAUCCGUUCAUCAAGACCAUGAAGGUCUACAAGAACGCUAGUCCCAUCAGUCCCCAGGGCAUGGUCCAGGUCUGCUCCAGCUGCAAUGAGAAGCACAGCGGUUUGGCCGAGGGUGGGCCUCCUGCCUCCGGCCCCGUCGGAAUCACAGCACAUCCUGUGGGCGGCUCUCCCAGUGCCGGACACUCGCUGGAGUCCAGCACGGCGCUGUAUAGUUCGAGUGGUGCGAUGGCCGCAUUUGGGGGUCGCAAUUCCCCAUCGGAAAAGUCGGUGGCCAAUUCCGAUUCCACCAGCAAUGUGCGGUUUAGGCCGUACGAGACGAACUCGAACAAUUCCAACUCGAACACGGCACGCGACCUCAAGCAGAUACGCCGCAGCGAUUCCCGGCCCAACUCCCCCAGCUCCAGCCAGGGAGCCAUCGAGAAUGGCCAUGGACAGUAUCCGUGCUCCAUUUGCAAAGUGCUUUGUCCGUCUAACAAAAUGGAUUGGCUGUCCACCAGUGCGGAGCAUAUGAAUUCCCAUGCCAUGCACUUUCCCUGCCUCAAGGCCAAUGCCGCUGCCACCAGCAAUAAUAAUAAUAGUAAUAUUAACAAUAAUAGCAACAGUGGCAACAGCAACAGCAGCAACAAUAAUAAUAACAACAACAAUAACAACAACAACAACGAGUUGAACAGCAAUCGCGUGCUGGCCUGCAAGGACUGCAAGGAUUACUUGGCCAGCCAGUGGGAAUCCAUGGAUGCCGAACGUGUACCCCUAGAGCACAGAAGAUACAACAUUCCCUCGCCCAUGAUGACAUCCAGCUCACCGAACGGAUCUCGGCACGGCGCCAUGAGCAUCAAUACACCGCCCUCCACACCAUCCAUAUCAUCAUCGACGCCCGCCAGCACAUCAAUCUAUUGCUUCCUCUGCGGCCUUCACUCGGACCUCACUCUGGCCAGAGUCCUCUAUGCCAGCAAAGAGGGUUCGCGGCCUUAUUUUCCCCUGCUGCUGAAACACAAUUCGCUGCCGAAUGCCGAGCAGCUGAGGAACAACUCGGCUUUGGUCUGCACCUUCUGUUAUCAUUCCAUGUUGAAUCAGUGGCGCAAAUAUGAGGCGCAAAGUCCGAGCGUGAAUCCGACGGAACGCAAAUACAAUUGGCACGACUACAACUGCCACCUGUGCGGCAUUACGACUUAUAGGAAGCGGGUGAGGGCCCUGCCCGUCAAUGACUUUCCAUUUGUGAAGCACCAGAAAAGCGACGACGGGCUGCUGCUGGAGAACGGAGAGUUUGCCGUGGUCUGCCUCGACUGCUACGAGAGCUUAAGACAACAGGCCUCGCAGCACGACCGCUUCGGGGUGCCCAUAUCUAGGCGGGCCUACAAUUGGGUGCCCCAGCCGCCGCCCCCGGAGGACAGUCCCGAGUCCGCAGUGGCACGUCUGCCCUGCGGCGAACGCUCUGAUCGCAUUCUCAUCAGCAAUGCCCUGAGGCCCGUGCCAGGCAAGAAGACCACGUCGCCCAAGCAGUACGACAAGUCAAAAGAAGGUGAGUUUCCCCAUCAAGCAAGGGCUAGACAUACGAUCUACUCGCCACCCAAGGCUGGACAAAAGCGACCGGCAACCAGCCCGGCACCGCACAUCCCCGUGCCGCAUCACCUGCAGACGCCGCCGGGCUCCGGUGUGGCCGGAAGCCCGGUGCCCCCCACGCAGGGUAGUGGCCUGCUGAACCACGGCCUGCCCAGCAACCACAUCGGCACCCCGUCGCCACAGCAGCAGCACCAGCAUCAGACGCACCAGCAGCAGCAGCAGCAACAACACCAGCAACAGCAACAGCAGCAGCAACAGCAGCAACACCAGGCGCAACAGCAGGCGGUGGCCGCUGCAGUGCAGCAGCAGUUGGCUGGCGUGGGGAUGCCCCCGGGGGCCUUAAGCGCGGCCGCAGCGGCCAACAGUCGCGGAUCCUUUGCGGCAGCCUUGCGGACUCUGGCCAAGCAGGCGGACAUCAAGGAGGAGGACGUGGGCGGGGACCGAAAUGUGCCCACAUCUGUGGCCCAAGGACCGCCGGCCACGUCGGUGGGCCAGGGGUCGAUGAAUUCAGUGGCGGGUCGCGGCGGAGCCGAGCGUGGCAUGGCCAACAGUGGAGGCGGGGACGACCGAAUGGGGGGCAGCAAGAAGCGCUCUCCACCGUCGCCCCAGCCGCCGGAGAAGAUCGCCCGGCUGAGCCACACGCCCCAGAGCGCGGCCAUGCAGCCGGAGAUGCUGGCCCGGAGCGGCUUCCAGCCGUACAGAUCGGACGAGCGGCUGAUGCAUCCGGCGGGAGCCUUCCCCCUGGAGGCCUACUCACACUUUCCGGGCCUGCCGGGGCUUCCACCAGCAGCAUUCUUGAACCCCGCGGGACUGCAGUACUCGGAUCCUCUGUACUUGGAGCAUCGCUACCAGCUGUUCCGCGCCGCCGGUGCCCAUCACACCCAUCCCCAUGCGGCCGCCCUGUACCCGCAGAUGGCGUCGCCCUACUCGCACCUGUACUCGAUGAUGCCCGGAGCCGCUCUGGGCAUCUCGCCGGCCAUGCACGACCGCAUCAAGCUGGAGGAGGAGCACAGGGCGCGCCUGGCCCGCGAGGAGGAGCGCGAGCGGGAGAUGCAUCGCGAGAAGGAGCGCGAGAUGCGGGAGAAGGAGCGUGAGAUGCGCGAGCAGAGGGAGAAGGAGCAACGCGAGAAGGAGCAGCGCGAGCGGGAGCGCGAGCAGCGGGAGAAGGAGCAGCGCGAGCGGGAGCAGAAGGAGAAGGAGGCCCGCGAGCGAAAGAUGCGCGACGAGGAGCGGGAGCGCGACCGCCAGCAGCUGCUGAACGCCUCCCACCACUACUCCAGUCAGCUCUACUCGCCCCUCAACCGCACCCUGCUCGGCAACAUGAUUCCCCACCUCAACCUGAGCCUACGCGGUCCGCCCGGCUCCCUGCACGGCCUGACCGGAAUGUCCCACUACCAUGCGGCGGCGGCCAAUGCCCAGCGCCAGAGUCCGCAUGCGGCCAUGGGCCUCAAUCUGGGCAUGGCCGGACUGCCCGGCGUGGCCGCACUGGGAGGACACGGGCCCAAUCUGCAGCACCAUCUGCAGCAGGCGGCCAUGGGGCUGGGCCAUCCGGGAGCGCCUGGUCUUCCGCACCCAGGAUUCUCGGCAGCCGCCCUGGGACUGAGUGCGCAUCCCCACAGCCUGAACCUGAGCCAUCCACACAUGUCCCCGCAUCACCCCGCCUCCAUGGCCGCCCACCAGCUGCCCCCGCACACGUCGUCUGCAGGUGGAGGAGUGCACAGCAACUCGAUUCCUGUGACCGCCGGCUCCAGCUCGUCCGCAUCCUCGCCACACAGCAGCCUCAACCUGACGGCCGCCGUUAAGCUGAGCUCCGAACAGCAGGCGGCCACCUCGACGCCCAGCAGCAUCAGCAUCAGCAGCAGCGGAGGGGCCCUCACCACCUCGACGGCCAGCUCGCACAUGGCCACAAUGAGUCACUACUACCACCACGGCCACCUGGCGGCCAUGCAUGCGGCGGCGGCGGCUGCCAGCGGCCUCACCCCGACCGCUGCUCACCAACAGCAGCCCCUGUCGCAUCCCAGCUCGCCCAAGAUUACGCCACCCAUCGCCGGAUCGGCGUCUUCCAACGGAGGACGUGCCGGGGGCAGUCCACACGCGAUGAGGCACCACCUGGCGGCUGUAGCUGCGGCCGCCCAGCAGUCGGCCAUGAUAGUAGAGAAAGCCGCUGCGGUUCCGAUCAGUCAUGAGCCGGCCACCCUUGACCUGACCGGAUCCAACUCCAACUCUAGCAACAACCAGACGCCCUCCAACGCCAGCAGUAGUCAAGCAACCACAACCAACCACGAGCUGAACGGAGUCGAUUCCAAUGGAGCGUCGCAGGGAGAGACCAAGGAGCAGGGUCCAGCAAUCAAGGAGGAGCAGACCUUGAAGAGCUCUCCACCCCCGGCGGCCAUCGAAAAGAAGCCGGCCACCCCGAAUGCAGCCCCCGAGAAGCCGGACAGCUCGCCGGAGAACUCUUCGCGACGCAGUGCCAGUCCAACCUCGGAGACCAACACCUCGCUCCCGGCGGUUGUCAGUGGCGUCACUGCAGCAGCAGCAGCAGCAGAUGCCGCAGACAGCAAGCCCUCGCUGGGCGGACUGGGCCGCAGCAACAGCUCGGAUGAGGCCACCGCCUUAUGACACCAGCUCUUCAGCAACUCGAACAACUAACUAACGAAAAACUUUGGCGACAUCGGAAUGUAUUUGCUCUCGGAACAGGCGCUCCACCAGCAGCGCAAGCGGAUGCUCGACGAGUUCCUGAAGCUAUAGGAGAGGCCUGGAUAGGGAUAUUAGAUUUUGAAUUCCAGUGAAUACAACCCCUAGACACACAGUAAUAGCGAACCAUCUGAAUCCUCCCCCCCCCAUAAUGAAUGUAUAAUUGUAUAAUGAAUGUAUAAUGGUUAAUGGAUAAUGGAUAACAGAUAUCAGAUAUUUGUUUGUUCUCGGUGUUACAAUCUAACGUUUACCCCAACCAGUUGAAUACAAUUCUACAGCAAAAGACAUUUGCAAUAUGUGUAAAGAGUCUGUCUCUACGCUACGAGUAGUCUGCAUUAAAUGUAACACAACGUAUUGUGAAAUACUCGAUAUUGAAAGAAUUAUCAUUGUAAGAUCUUUUAGGCACUUGCAUAGAGCUCUGAGUGUAGUCUUUGUGUGGUGUGGAACAUGUUCACGGCCCGUCCCGGUUCCCGUGUGUGCUCGUUACCGAUAGUUGUAAAUUUAGACUAAACCUCUGUUAAGAAAUUUAUAUAUAUAUAUAUAUAUAUAUACAUACAUACAUACAUACAUACAAGCAGAAACCAGAGCAGGAACGAGAACGGAAACGGAAAUGGAUGCAGAAACAGAAAGAGAAACAGAAGCAGAAGCAGAAUUAUACAAAACUUACUGAGUAGCUAUAAUUUAUUCUUAAAUUGCUAAUAAUUGUGAUUUGGAGAGUACGAAAAAUGAACAAAACCGAAAACGGAAAACGGAAAAAUGUAUGAAUACAAAGUGGGGAAAAAAACGGAACUGAAAUUUAGAUAAAAAAUCAAAUACUAAAAUGAGGAUAAGAUCAUCUGGCAAGGAUGAGUAGGAUGAGCAGCGAAAGGCUUAAAUUAUUUUUCGAAAUUGAACAACUUUUGUAUGCAACCCUUUGGCCCUUAGCUUUUCAUAUUAUUUGGGAUCAUUUUGUACACAAUACACAGUUGAGGAAUCGCUUCCAUCUACGGCAAAGACCACAGCAAACAUAACACAAUAUAGCAAAGAGAUAGAGAGGCAAAGAGUGUGAGGGAGGAGGUGUCCCUAAAGAGAGGCGUAUUUCUUAACCGCUCUGUAAUUGAUGUUUAUAGUAAGUAGCUAAUGGCAUAAACCCUAAAGAAUGUCUCGAGGGGAUCUAUAUCCAUAGUUUUUGUUCCCUUUUCCAAUCUAUGCCCGAAGUGUUUUUGCGUUUGAGAUUGCCUAAAAUUUCGAAGACGAGACGUACAGAUUUAUAUUAUUUUUUUAAAGCAUAAAUCUCGAGCAAUCUGUGAUAUUAUAAAAUGAAAAAGACAAAAAAAAAACACAAAAAAAAAACCAAAUCAAACCAAAACUCAACAUAUUAUUGCGUAUGAGCCUCAAUCUGAAGUCUCUUGAGGGCCAAUACUGGAAAUUCAGAUCAAGUUUUCGAAGCAGGGUGUACACCGAACAGCAGAGUGCGGGACUGGACCCCACCAGACCCCCGGAGCGGAGGGAGACGCGACACAGCCAUAGACACCGACAUGUUCCGAUCACAUUUCCUUACAAAUUCUGCCAUAUGCAAGUCGAUUUUUCCUUUGACAAAACUAUGUGUAUGUACCAGUAAAACUGAAAGUGAAUAUAUUUUAAUAAACUAAUCGUAAUAGAUUCAUGAAUAAUAUACAGAUAACUGAUAUCGAUUGGCGUACAUCUAAUAACCUAACCCACAAAUGCCAUGCGAUAGCUAAUCAAUUUAAAAAAAACAAAUAGUUUCAAAUACAACCUAAACAAUUAAAAACCAAAGAAAACAAAACAAAUGCAAAUAAAACCAAAUAAAUUAAAUGUACUGUACUUCUCCCUCAAUCUUCGUUGUGUGUGUAAACAGAAUACAAAGUGUAAAACAUUAAAUUGUAAGCUAACCGAAACACAAUCAAAAUCGAAAACCAAAUACACAAAAUCACAGAUCAUACAGCAUACAGCAUACAGCAUAGCAUCCAUACAUACUUUGACCAUUGACCGUUGAGCCUAUCAUUGAUGGCAGACAAGCGACUUCGGAAGCAAGUACAACCAGGAACUGUAGAGUACCCGCUACUGAACUUUUAUCUGAAAUCUUUAUUACAAGUAACAGAACAGGAUCACAACUUCAAGCUCACAAGUUCACUCUUUAAAUGCAAUUCCAAAUCAGCUGUCAUCAUUACGACGCUUAGGUAUAGGUGUGAUAUAUGAGCAGAUUGAAGAACCUCUAUACCAAAUCUCCAAGAUUUUCCAUAAUGGCACAGGAGUAGCGGGUACAACCAGAAACAAACAUUCAAACUACAAAACAGCGCACCAGUAUAAAUACAGCGUUCAACCAUGUGGCAAACGAUAUGCGAAACCAACAUUUAAACAAUCUUGUACAACAUUACCUAAGGCAUUUAUGAUUUUAUGAAAUAAACUGUAUGUAAGGAUUCAA